UACGACGUAGUCGGAAAGCACGUGAGUAAACACUCCACCGUCGGAAACUCUCACUCUCUUUGGCGGGCUCGGGCCAGGCUUAAUUCGUCCCUCGUGGCCAAAGAAUCCUCACGAGUGCCCCACGCGACGGACACGGUAAGCUUUUCGCGAAGAAGUUCGUCUUUUCCUAGGGCAACAUUUUCGCAAGCGAAUUUCCCUCGGUGCAGGUCACUUUUCCGCACGACGCGACAGGUGGAAAUUUGAUCGCCGGUAUAAAAGCGUCCCGCAGGUGAAUCUCCGGCCUAGUCGUUGUUAGUUUGCGGUUCAAACAUGGAUACGAUCUCGGUGGAAGUCGAGGAGGAAUUUUGCGAGGAGACCAACUUUGAGUCACCAUGUCCGAGCCCGCUGGAGGGGGACAAAGUGCUCAACAUGGACUUUCUGACGAUCAACGGGCGCUUUACGCCCAUGUCGGGUCAGGCCAGUGCGUGUUCGACGAGGAGUGUCAGCCUGGCCACGACGCCGAUUCCACCGGAAAUGCUCGGUGAAGGCGAGCAGGAGGAACAGGGGGAAAUAGUGAUCAAUGUGCAGCCGAAGCCGAGCAGGCAUUUGUUUGAGAGUAGUGGGCGGACGACGCCGGUUUUCACGUGGAAUCCGUUGCCCACCGGGAACAGCAUUGUGUACGCAAAGGGCAAGGAUAAUGAAGUGAAAUUUAAGAAGUUUGAAGACGAUUCCACGGACACGGAAAGCUCCGCGGUCAGCGACGCCGAGGGAGACGAAAGCGCCAUAACAGCCGAAACCACCCACAAAAAGCACGAUCCCUCGAACUGCUACCCAAACUGCGAUGUGAACGUGUGGCUGCGAUCGUGCGAGCAAGAAAUCGUCGAACCCAUCGCGGGCGAAGUGCGCGGAGUCGUGCCGGAGUGGCUCAACGGAAGUCUGCUGCGGAAUGGGCCCGGAAGUUUGAAGGUCGGCGACAUGACGUUCAACCAUCUGUUCGACAGCUCGGCACUUCUGCACAGGUUCAACAUCGAGAACGGACACGUGACUUACCAGUGUCGGUUUUUGAAGAGCGAUGCCUACAAGAAGAACAAGGCCGCCCAGCGGAUCGUGGUGACGGAGUUUGGGACGAGCGCGGCGCCCGAUCCGUGCCAUACGAUAUUUCAUAGAAUCGCUGCAAUCUUCGGCAAGCCCGGUGAGAACGUUUCGGAUAAUGCGAUGAUCUCGAUCUAUCCGUUCGGAGAUGAGUAUUUUACGUUCACCGAGAGUCCGAUCAUUCACAGGAUUGAUCCGGAGACGUUGGAAACGGAGGCGAAGCUGAACUUGUCCGAUUACGUGGGUAUCGUGAAUCACACGUCGCAUCCGCACGUAAUGUCCGACGGUACAGUGUACAAUUUGGGCAUGUCGGUCACGAAGACCGGGCCAACGUACACGAUCAUUUGCUUCCCGAACGGGGAGCACAUGUUUGAGAAUGCUCGGAUUGUGGCGUCGGUUCCGGCGAGGUGGAAGUUUCACCCCGGAUAUAUGCACACUUUUGGGAUAACGGAGAACUUUUUCGUGGUGGUUGAGCAGCCGUUGAGCGUGUCCGUGCCGCACAUGUUGGUUAGCCAGAUCAAGAACGAACCCAUGGUGUCCUCAAUGAAGUGGUUUGAAAAGCAGCAGACUUACAUUUACUUGCUGGAUCGUGACACUGGAGAGUUGAAGCACACGUUCCACGCGGAACCGUUCUUCUAUCUGCACAUCAUCAACCAGUACGAGAAGGAAGGUCACGUUGUGUUGGACAUUUGCUGCUACAAGGAUCCGGCAAUGUUGAACUGCAUGUACGUGGACACCAUGAAGAACAUGCAGCAGAAUCCAGACUACGCAAGAAUGUUUCGCGGAAGACCACUGCGGUUUGUACUGCCUUUGAACUACGAAGAAUCGUUGAAGCGAUCGUCAAGUGUGUUUUCCGCUUCGAAAUCGUGGACUGGGUUGAUGAAGAGGUUGAGCGUUGGAGACGAUCUGGAUGCGGAUGACAGCUUGACGUUGAAGAACUUGGUAACACUGGAAAGCAUGAGUGCAACGGCUUACGUCAUGCCGGAUUCAACAAUAUUCUGCAAACCGGAGCUACUCUGCAAUUUGGGCUGCGAGACGCCGCGGAUCUACUACGAGGAACAUCUGGGCCGGGAGUACCGCUACUUUUACGCCAUCAGUUCGGACGUGGACGCGAGCAAUCCGGGCACGUUGAUCAAGGUCGAUGUGGUCAACAAAACCAGGCUGACCUGGUGUGAGGAGAACUGCUACCCGAGUGAGCCGAUCUUCGUUCCGGCACCGGAUCCGCAGUCCGAGGACGACGGCGUCGUACUGGCGGCCAUGGUUUGGGGUCGCGACGAGGAGAACCGCGUCGGGCUGUUGGUUCUGGACGGAAAGACCUUCACCGAACUUGCGCGCAGUGAGUUCGAAACGCCCGGACCGGUUCCCAAGUGUCUGCACGGCUGGUUCCAGUCGUCGACGUCAAAGAAGAGUCAAUAAUUGGUGUGAACGGCACGUAUCAAUCAGAUACGAUAGGAAUCAAUCGAUUUUCUCGACGACCGCUUGUGUAUUAAUGUUUGCAUAGACACGUUGUUUCAUUAUUCACGUGACGAUGGAAAACACAUUGUCACCAUAUGUGCGGUGGUGACCGGAUUAUUCACUCUUGAUGAUGAAUGUUAGAGCUUAGUUAACACAAUUAGAUACACAUUUUCCAGA